UUUUUCUCAUGUUGUUUCUUGUACCAUAGAGGGUAAGAGAUGUUGUAGGCGCGAGGUUUCCCCAGAACGUUCUUAUGGUGAAGGAUUAAAGUUCCGAACUUCACAGGACCUUACGACGCCAAACGACGACAUGAGAGUGACAAUGAUGUUCCUGUGGUUCAUCUUCGUGGCCCAACCGUGCGGAAUAGACACUACUACCACGGAGGAGAACAGAAGAACAAGCACGGCAAGAAAAUACCCAGAGACAACUUACUCUUCGGGUUCAAUAACAUCGACACCGAGAACUUUAUUCACGUCUCCUACCUCAUAUACUGUAACAGAUAUGAUAGACAAAAUUACAACAACGUCGACAGUACCUUUACGUACCACUAGGACUACCUCUCAGGGCACACAGAGGCAAACUGCAAUAUUUACUAACACUCCUACUACAAGAGAAAAGACAACAGAAUCAACUUAUCCUUCAAGUGUAACGGAUACCACUAAUACACGAACGUUUAGCACGUUUAGAAUAACAGAAAGUUCGAGUACAAUACAAGAACAAACCACUGAAACAACUACAGAAAGAAGAACGACGAGCUCAAAAUCUACAUUGAUUACAAGUGGCACAAGUGCUCAGCCAACAACCAAGCAAAUUACUACCUCUAGCAGAACUGUAUCAACAUUACUACCAACGACCGUUUCAAAUAAAGUAACGACCACAAACCGAAGCACAACUAAGUCAACCACUCCCUUAGCAACAACUUCAACACCAUCAUUAUCCUUAUCAACAACUCAAGGCAUUACUCAAGGCACUACAAGUCAAAGCACCCCUAGGCAAACCACCUUAGAUACUACAAUAGCCACUUCAAUUCAUACUACUGGCCAAACGAGGUCUACGGCCACAUCACCAUUACCUACUACUAGUACUAAUGCUCAAACAACCACCACGAUCGAACCAACUACUACCUCUGCCACAACUUUGGCGACUAGUCAAAAGACAACAGACCAAACUACAAGUGGCACCACGUCAAAAGUAACCACCGUUCCUCAAACAACAACAACAACAAGUCAAAGUACAACAAUACCUACAACCGUAUCCAGUACGACUGAAACAAUCCCUACAACUAAAACUCAGUCAACAACUACCUUAACUACAACUGCAACUACAAUGAAACCAUCAUCCUUGCCAACAAGUCAAAGCACAACUGAGCAAACCACCUUAGAUACUACAACACCAACUACAGCGCAAGGCACAACCCAGCCAACCACUUUCUCCACAACGACUACAACUACAGCUCAAGCCACAACCCAGCGAACCACCCUCCCCACAACGACUACAACUACAACUCAAGCCACAACCAAGCCAACCACCCUCUUCACAACGACUACAACUACUACUCAAGCCACAACCAAGCCAACCACCAUCUCCACAACUCCAACUACAGCUCAAGCCACAACCCAGCCAACCACUAUCUCCACAACAACUCCAACU